CCGCACGUUCGAAUUUAUUGCCCGGUGACUUCGGUCCAUUCUUUCUCCUCUUCUCUCUUUCCCUUCUCUAUCGUAAACAUCGGAUUAGACGGAGGUUCACAAUGGUCUUCACUCCUCCCAGCUCGGCAGGCGAGCUGCCCCCGAUUCCCGACAAUAUUCCCAUUAGCGAAUUUAUGCUCUCGGAGUCGCAUGGUCGCACUCCUUUCAACCAGUCCAGACAUCCCUACACGUGUGGCAUCUCGGGGAGAUCUUACUCCCCGUCGGAGGUGGUGACUCGCGUCGAGCACUUGUCUCGAGCCCUAUCCAAGGAAUUCAACUGGCAGCCCAACCAAGGUACGGAAUGGGACAAGGUGCUGGGUGUUUUCAGUUUGAAUACAAUCGAUACGUUGCCCCUGUCAUGGGCGACACACCGGUUAGGGGGCGUCGUCUCCCCCGCCAACGCGGCCUAUUCCGCCGCCGAGCUGAAGCACCAGUUGCUGGACUCCAAGGCCACAGCGCUGUUCACCUGUCUCCCUCUGCUGUCGACCGCUUUGGAGGCGGCUUCCAUGGCGGGUUUGCCCAAGAACCGCAUCUACCUGAUUGAGCUGCCUCCCCAGAUCACCGAGGGCGCAAAGGCCCCCGGUUACAAAACCUUGGAAAAUUUUGUCCAGGAGGGCAGCGCCCUGCCGGUGCUGGAGAAUCUCAACUGGGGCCCAGGAGAAGGCACCCGUCGCACCGCGUUUCUGUGUUAUUCGAGUGGCACAUCUGGGUUGCCGAAAGGAGUCAAGAUCUCGCACCGCAAUGUCAUUGCCAACGUGCUUCAGAUCUCGAGCUUCGAACAGUCUUGGCGGGAUCAUCUCUCUGCCGGGAGCAAAACCCCGUACACGGAGGUUUCCUUGGGCCUGCUUCCCCAGAGCCAUAUCUACGCCUUGGUAGUCAUCUGUCAUGUCGGAACAUUCCGGGGUGAUCAGACCAUCGUGCUCCCCAAGUUCGAGAUGAAGUCGUACCUCACGGCUAUCCAAAACUUCAAGAUCUCCGCUCUAUUCUUGGUCCCCCCAAUCAUCAUUGCAAUGCUGCGCAACCACGAAGUUUGCUCCAAAUUUGACCUCAGUUCCGUCACCUCAUUGUUUACUGGGGCGGCACCCCUGGGAAUGGAAACCGCGGCAGACUUCCAAAAGGUCUACCCGGGUGUCACCAUCCGGCAAGGUUACGGUCUCACGGAAACCUGCACGGUGGUCUCCUCGACCCACCCUACCGACAUCUUCCUCGGCUCUUCUGGCUGCCUAGUCCCGGGGUUUGAAGCGCGCAUUGUGACCCCAGAAGGCCAAGAGGUGACCGCUUAUGAUACCCCCGGUGAGCUCGUGGUUCGCAGUCCAAGCGUCGUCCUUGGCUACCUGAACAAUGAGAAAGCCACCAAGGAGACGUUCGAGGACGGCUGGAUGCGCACCGGUGACGAAGCCGUUGUGCGCUUGAGCCCCAAGAAUGUCGAGCAUAUUUUCAUCGUCGACCGGAUCAAGGAAUUAAUCAAGGUGAAGGGCCUGCAAGUCGCUCCCGCCGAGCUCGAAGCUCACCUCCUGACCCACCCCGCAGUCGCCGACUGUGCCGUCAUCGCAAUCCCUGACGCAUCCGCCGGAGAGGUCCCCAAGGCCAUCGUGACCAAGUCCGUCUCCGCUGGGACCGACGACGAGGCCAUCGCCAAGUCCAUUAUGAAGCACGUGGAAGACCACAAAGCGCGCCAUAAGUGGCUGAAGGGCGGUGUCCGGUUCGUUGACGCUGUCCCCAAGAGCCCUAGUGGCAAGAUCUUGCGCCGUCUUCUGCGGGACCAGGAGAAGGAAGCGCGCAGACGUGCUGGGGUCAAGCUUUGA